AUGUUGUGCCAGGAAGACAAGUAUGAUGAACGAAAAGUGUACUUCUCCAAGAAGAAAUGGGCAGAGCUGCAAGAAUGGGAGAAAGUCAUAUACAAGAACCAGAAACAGAACCAUGAAGCAAUGAUUGCCAUAGGGCUGAAUUCACCAAAGCCAGAAUUUAUGCGUCAGCUGCCCAGAAGAAGGCAGACUGCUGUGGAGGAAAACGGUGACUCUGACCCAGAUAAGGAAUGGAUCCCCAGACACAAGAAAGCUGUGUUUGGUUCUGUUGAAUUCCCACCAACAGAGGGCGCUCGUGUGGCAGUGUAUUGUAUAAGUGGCUGGUGCAGGGUGCAGGAAUUAAUCAGAAGACGAUAUUCACAAGGCAAAGUUUACAGCAAUCACAAAAAACAGCAAGUUACUUAUGCUGAGAUUGAUGAACCAAAUGAUGAUGACUAUUUUUACUGCAAUAUCUGCCAUUCCUUCUUCCUUGAUAAGUGCAAUAUCCACGGGCCUCCAGUGUUUAUCAAAAACCCUUUAGUUGAAAUCGGUGUAGCAAAUAGAGCACGCCUCACUUUACCGCAAGGAAUGAAAAUUAAAGUUUCCAAGAUCCCAAACGCAGGUCUUGGGGUCUGGAACGAGCGACGUGUCAUACCUAAUAGCAUCCAUUUCGGGCCUUACGAAGGGGAGCUAACCAGUGAGAAAGAGGCAGCCCUUAGUGGAUAUUCAUGGAUGAUUAGAAAGGGGAACAGUGAUCAUGAGUACUUAGAUGCGAAGAAUGAAGCUAACUCAAACUGGAUGAGGUACGUGAACUGUGCCAGAAAUGAUGAUGAGCAAAAUCUAGUGGCUUUUCAGUACAAAGGACAGAUCUUCUACAGAUCAUGCAAGCCAAUCCCUCCUGGUUGUGAGCUGCUGGUGUGGUACGGAGAUGAAUACGGCAAAGAGCUGGGGGUUGGACUGGAUUUUAUGUGGGAGAGGUCAAUAGGUAAGAACAUAUUUACAAACUGGAGAACCCUGUCCAUACAAUCUGCUGCUGUACUACAGAAGUAGUACUUUUAUCUCUUGGAUAAAAUAGGAUGAGAAGGAAG